AAUAUUUCGGACUAACUUUGAACGAAACCCACUAAAUGAAUGUCUUAUGUGGCUACUUUUUUAAAGAAGUGUCGGUUUAAUUUCGACUUCAACGAUUUUGUUAGACUUUUUGUUUUUGGUUCAAGCGAAGUUAUUAGCAGUUGAAAGCAAAGCUCCCGAAUAGCAUAUUAUCGCUAUAGUAAUAGUCUAGCCGAUAUCUAAAUGUAAUAAUCUUAUUUUGUGUUUCAACUAUAAUUUAAAGCUGAUUUCAAGGAGAAUGUGUAUAGAUUUACUUGGAUUUGUUUGUCCAGGAGACGGAGCGGGCAUGGAAUUCUUAUUGCUACAUGCGCUAGUCUGGAAAAUGAAAGUCCCCGCCUCCGGGAGGUUGAUCAGGGGAAAUUCUCCAUACAGUUUUCCCUUUCCCAAUUCCAGAUAAAACUACUUUACACAGCCAAGAUGUUCAAACUUAUCUGGAACACUAAUAGCGAAACAAACUGCUAUUUACAAUGUAUACAAUGCAGAGUUGGACUUUUCUUAUUAUUUGCAGUAUGCAGAGCGUGUGUCAUUGCUGUGACUGGAUCCGACACCACUCCGGUCACUUGAGCGCAGAAUACCUUUCCCUGCAGGACCAGAUGGUGAGAGAUAUCACUAAGCAGAAUGCCCCUGUCCUUUUCCCAACAUCACUUAACAGACACAUAGAUGAUGCCGAGUUUGAUGACAAGAUCGAUUUUUGCAAUGAAACGCCAUAUGAUGUUUUUGUGUUGGUUAAGGGCAGUCAGAAUAUGAAGGCUGUCACCUGGGACAAAAAAAAUCUGGACGAUUUCCUGAACAUUCUAGAACGCCAAUUUGAGAACCUUAAUGUCUGUGUAUCACCUGCCAAGAAACCUGAGAGGAGACUGAAACACUACUUCAAGAAGUUGAAUCGGAAGGUUCUGAGAGAAAUAAACUACAGUCCACAGUCAUGGGAGCUCAUUAGGAAAGAGACGAAACGUCAUCUGCAACGAUUGGACAUGAUAAUUGGACAGUUUCGCACAGUUUUACAAGGUUAG